AAUAUAUAUAUCCUCCACAGUUCACUGUUUAACACACGUCACACAUCACCGGCUGGCUGCUUACAAACAAUCCAAAGCUCUUCAUAAUACACACGUAAAGCAUCCCAAGUCUCAAUGCUCAGAUCAUGUGUAAUGUAUAAUGUACUGCUAGGCAGAGACGGCCUAGUUUUAUAUUAUCAAUAAAAUAUCGUUGACUUUCGGAUGUAUAUAACUGAAGGGGGGAACAUUGCAAAUUAUUGUAAGUCCUCAGUGAAACUUCGGCAUAAUCAGAUAGCUAACAUAAUACUCAUUUUAAGAUGUAAUCCCUUAAUUUGAAAAGUACUCAGAUGCGCAACACAGAUAAGCAUUCGCUAAGCAAUGAGCUUCGCACGAGACAGCGGCGCAUACGGUAAAAUGAUGUAAUGAAAAACGCAAAAAUGCUAAUUAACACUUUUGCAGUACGGUAUCAAUGGUCAAGAGAAUUACGACAGAUAUAACAAGUCAUGCGGAACACUCCGUUCGCCCGGUAACACACGGGUCUCUGGUGUACGCCGUAGUCCAAUCCAAUGUGGUUUUGGCUGCCCUUUGAUCAUAGGACUUUGAUCAUUUAACACCGAACACCAGUAGUACCAUUCCAGUCGAGAGUGUGCCUGUUUUCUGGUAUCAGAGAUUUGAUUUUUUUUUUCUUCGGGGAAGAUCUGACUUUCUGCAAUCAUGACUACGUCACUCAUGGUCCUGAAGCGCUCGCUGUCGUCGUCGGCAGCUAUGUCCAGCGCAAUAAAGCAUGUAACUGUUGUGGGAGGUGGUUUAAUGGGGUCAGGGAUCGCACAAGUUGCUGCCCAGACUGGUCACGAAGUUACAAUAGUUGAAGUCAAUGAUGAUGCAAUUAAGAAAGCACAGAAAGGUAUUCAGACAAGCCUACAGAGAGUUGCUAAAAAGGCAUACAAGGAUAACCCAUCAGAAGCUGAGAAAUUCAUCAGCACGACCCUUGGUAGGAUAAAGACAUCAGUGGAUCUUCAAGGUGCUGUGAAAAACACAGAUCUUGUUGUAGAAGCUAUUGUGGAAAAUUUAGGGGCAAAACAUAAACUUUUUUCAAGUAUUGACAGUGUAGCCCCACAGCAUACAAUAUUUGCAUCUAAUACGUCAUCACUGCCUAUAGGAGACAUUGCCUCUGUCACAAAAAGGAAAGACAGAUUUGGAGGUCUCCACUUCUUUAAUCCAGUACCAGUAAUGAAGCUUCUAGAGGUUGUUCGUAUACCAGAAACGUCUGAUGAUACUUAUAACAAAAUGAUGGAAUGGGGUAAAGCUCUUGGCAAAACAACUGUGACCUGUAAGGAUACACCAGGAUUCAUUGUCAACAGGCUGUUAGUGCCUUACAUUGCAGAAUCGAUCCGUAUGCUGGAGAGAGGUGAUGCAUCUCCAAGGGAUAUCGAUACUGCCAUGAAGUUAGGAGCUGGCUAUCCGAUGGGGCCAUUUGAGCUUGCUGAUUAUGUUGGACUAGAUACCAACAAAUUUAUACUUGAUGGCUGGUAUGAAAAAUAUCCAAAUGAACCAUUAUUCAAACCAAUUCCACUGCUGAACAAGCUUGUUUCUGAAGGCAAACUUGGCGUGAAAUCUGGAGAGGGAUUUUACAAGUAUAACAAAUAAUCCUGUUAUCAAAAAGUGUUUGAAAGGUGUCAUUUGACAUUAAGAACAUCAAAAAGGGGAAGUGGCACAAAUACAGUAUUCCUACUUCUGUGUCGUACAUCUCCGACACACUUGCCAGAGGUUUUAUGGACCUUAACUGAUUUACUGUUAUUGGUAGUUUUUCCAUUAUUUUGCAGGCUAUUUUUACAAAUCUUGUAACUAUGUAUUUUUACUGGAGCAAAUCUAGUUUUUGAUAAGAAAAAAUAUACAGUUUAAACUCA